UAGGUUUUUGAGCUUUCUCCAGUAUUACAGCAAAAUCAAACGUCUACAAGAGUCUAGCAGUAUCAAACUGAAGCUGUUUUGAUGCUCGAGCCAGCGUCUUCGGAGUGGGAUGAUUUUGAGCAAGACUGCCUGACACUGCCUGAGCUGUGCAAUGCUGCGUGCUUGUCAGAGAUGAGCUGAGGGAUUGCAUUCUUGGGCUCCAACGACUUUUCUGGUGGACAGAUGAAACGACUAUUGUGCGGCUGGCACUUCACAUGCGGAGUCUUGCAUUUUUCUGCUAUCCAGGAGACUACGGCCGAAGUAGGUGUAAUGCUCAGCGUGAUCACGCGAAAUCGUUUUUGGACUCAUGCUCUGUCGACCUUGUCCCUGUUGCAGUCACUUCAAUACGCCAAGUUGCAUGCCCAGCAAGCCUGGUUUGCAUGGCAUAUCCUGGACGAUGCCUCCGAAAAGUCUGAUGCCAGGAAGAAGAAUGAUAUGAUAACUGACCUGACCCAGCGCGGUUGGGUUGACAACUACACCAGAUUGGAUCGGCGCUCAGGAACUGUGCACGCUUUGCGGCACGCUGUGGAUACAUUCUUGAUGAGAAAAGAGUUCCAUCUAUUUCUACAUUGUGAUGAUGACAUUUUGAUGGGUGAAGGCACUCUGACACAGGCCGUACAUGACUACUUGACUGACCACUCGAAACCAUCUCGUGCGGGAGGCGUGCUUGCCCUCUUCGUAAAUUCAUGGCUGGACGAGCAGCUUUCUGAUGUCUCCUCCAGCCCAUACGCAACCGCACCAUUUCUCGGUGGUGCUGCUUACAUUGCUGAUCGUCUGACACUUGAAGCGACAGGAAAUCCCUGGGCUCAUGCAUUGAAAAACAAUCCCAGAGUCUCACCCCAUGAAGCACAUGUGCAGUGGCUUCGACAAUUGCUUCCAUCAAAAGGUCUCCAAAUUUGGAUCCGUUGGCAAAAGCCAUAUGAAUGUCAGCACCUGGGAAAUGUCAGAACUCUGAAUUUUGGAAUGCAACCUGAAUGGGAACCAAUGUGGGCGAUCGAUCACACGAGCAAGAAAAUUGUAGAAGUGCCAGGCUACAGCUCAGCAGAUGUGAGGACAGCUCUGUGGGCACAGCAAAAGUGUUUGCGCAACUUUGUGCUCUACCAGAAUUCGAUAGCCAGAGAGCCACUCAAGCUGCCAACAACUGGCACAAUUGAACAUUGGUCAUCCUGGACAUGCUCAACGCAUCACUUCCACUACUUGGAGAUUGGCACGUCUGACUUUGAUACCCUUUUGUCGAGGCAUGUUUGGCGACCAGACGUGCGAGGUAUUUCUAUUGAACCCCUCAGGACAUACUUUGACAAACUUCCUUCAGGCACAAACAAGCUACUGCUGAACAUUGCCAUCAGCGACCAUGAUGGCUACGAGACACUUUACUUCGUUCGCCCAGAUGUGAUAGAUGCCCAUUUGGGAUCUGAAAGCCUGUGUCAGCGAAGCCACUUACACGAUGUUGGGCUUACUGAAUGCCUUCCAGGCUGGAUGCGAGGAGCAUCAUCAAUCAAGAAAGUGCCUGAAGGUGUCCGGCAGUUUCUGGGAGAUGACAUGCUGCGAUCAGUGCUGGCCAAAGUCCAAGUGCCAUGCAUGACGUACGAAACAUUGGUCACAGUGUAUGGUGUUGGUUCGUUGGAUAUUCUGAAAAUCGACACCGAAGGGUUUGACCAUGAGAUUUUGCGAGCAGUUCUGGCGUUGGGAUAUUCUCGACAUUUGUGGCCGUGGCAGGUGCAGUUUGAAAAGAACAUGCUCUCCGAUUGGAGAACGUUGGACGAACAGGUAAUCAAAUUGCAGGAUGCUGGGUACCGAUGCCGGAUGACCAACGUGGAAGUAGCCUCAUGCUGGCGAGAAUUUGCGGCAGAAAAUGUGCAUUGCGAGCGCAUCACAGUCAAGAUGCAGCAAAUUCUAUCCAAUGUCAGCGAUGUAAAGUUAGAGAAGCAGAACCUUCAGGAGGACUGUUUGCCGCAGGCUGGGAUGCUUCGCCUGCCUUGGAUGAUGCGUUCGAGCUGCGCACUAUGCAUCGUAUUGAAGCUGCUGCAGGGAACUUAUAUAAAAAGCCGGGAACAGGAAUGCUGCCAAGGGCUAAGUUGGAUCAAGUUUAUACUCAUGCCACAAUUUGACAGGGAGUGGACGAGAGCUGGGAGACUGAGAGGGUUUUCACUUGCUUUCACCUAUGCUUGCGGUGUACGUUGAUUCACGAUUCGCUUGGUUUCAAGGUCAUGAAGCGGAAAUAGAGGCCGGAACUCGACCUGAGGAGGUGCCGGUUUCUCAGCUGGAAGAAGAGCUUGCGGUUCUCGAAUCGGUGACUUUUGCUUCGCAAGGGUCGCUAAGGACAUCGCUUGCAACGGAGACCAUCCCACUGGAGUCUGUCCACGCAGAAUCAGGUUCGCAGCAGGCUGCCAAUGCGUGGGAGAAUACGACCUCAAGAGAGAUCAAGGAAGCUCCAAUUCCUGCAUCUGUCAGCGAGCUGGAAGGCAUGGAAACAGAAGUUACUACGCAGGAUGCUCUGACACCCAAAGCACAGGCUAGCCAUCCAGGCCUGGAAGAAGACCUGCAGGACACUGUGCCACUUUCUCACCCAAACUCCGGCUCCAAAUCUGAAGGCGUUGCGGAAGUCCGACCCGGCGUCGUUCAGGAGUCCAUUCACAGCAGCCCUGCCAACUCAGCUGUGACAUCAGUGGGCUGCAGUGGAUACCAGGCGGUGGCUGGGAUGCCAGCAGCCCUCUCGGCCGAAGACGAAGCUGUGACAGGUCUGAGGCGUCGUGGCGGUGUGGAAGUGGUCGUUGAUUUGCCUCCUGUGAGGCCUCUUUCAGGUGUCUCAGCAGACACGGCAUCUGGCGGAGGGAGACCUCCCUCAGGUCGAAUAGCAAAUCCGACCGCAAGUACCAGUGCUGAGAAUGACAGCUUGAUUUGCCUGGGAGUACGGCAUGGGUUAGCACAGAGGGUACCAUCUGCUGGGCGGCGACAAAGCCUUUUGAAGGCAGAAGCGCAGCGACGCAGUUUGUCGAUAGGUCGUCGAAGUGUUUCAGGAAUGCAGUCAAAUCGCAAGCUUGUACGCAAUGCCUUAGAGCACUGCCUUAAGGGAGAUGCGAACCGUGAACAACGGGAGCAAGUGCUCAAGUCUUUUGACGACGACUUGGAAAAGUUCGACCGGUUCAUCAUCCUUUUUCGCAGCAUUCACACAGGCCGACAUGACCUCCGAGCACUUUACGGCUUUUCCGAGGGCUCUUGGACAAGAGUCUUACAGUUGCUCCCUUCACCAGUGUCCCUUCAAGAACGCAUGGUGACGCAGUGUCUUAGAUACGACUCUGGUGGGAAGGAGUUCAAGGAAGUCCCUGCUUCACAAGAGACCUUGUCUGUUGCCGAUGCCGUUUUCUUUUACCCUCAAUACUUGCAGAAGCCGAGAGGGCCGCCCUAAAAUCAUUCUUGGUUGCACGACGUUGACCAUUGUUGGCAACAUACUCCAAGUGUAUUUCAG